AUGACGACGCCGGCGGACGAAACUGAGUCACCGAUUACGCAGCUCACCCAUACGCCAAACAUGGAACGCUUCUGGCGAUUCACGCCGCGGCCAAAGGGUCACAAGAUGAUCAUUAACGAGGUUAACUUCAGACGAGUAACUGAAGAAGUGACAGUACAACCCUUGCCGAAAUCACUCUCUACCACAAGAUAUUUGCCACUAGCAAUACCCGCUAAGAAUCUACCGUCGUCACAAGCCGGACAGCAGUGGAAUGUACAGCGUCGUCCAAUGGCGGCAAAGCGACCCGCUCAACAAAUGGGCCUCUCAAGGGAACAGCUGAUCCAGCUUUACAACCAGCGCAUGGCGCAGAGACAUCAACAGCAGCAAAGCAAACAGACCUCAUCGUGGAUGAUGCCACCGAAGUCAGACGUUUGGUUUCCGGCAGCGAAUGACACUUUUGCAGGCAAUAGGAUCGCUAUGCAGUCACAGCAACAGCAGCAGAGACCGAUGAUCAGUCAACCGGUAGCGGUGAGUAGUGGCAUCCAACAACCACAUUUUGUGCCCAGAUUAAACCCGCAGUUCACAAAAGCCGACACUAUUCAGCCAGGCUUAAAAUCAAUACCAUUUCUGCAAUUCAGUCACGAUGAACUGCCGAUGAGUAUCACUAACUCUCAGUCUAAUCCCCCGCUAGCCAUCAGACCAAACAACACGGCUAGGAUGGCAUCUUCAGCCUCACAGCACGACCUACGUUCACCCAGCUACGUGCGAAGAGCAGAUAUGCAAAUUCCACAGGCAGAACCUCAGAUGGCCCCGUCUUCCCAACAAGCAGCGCCUCCCGCACGUGGCAACACGACAUUAGCGACAAAUCAGAAGGCGUUUGGUGGUUCCUGA